AUGAAUUCCCUAUUCUUAUACUUCAAAGACCCGAGAGUUGAGUAAUCAUAUUAGAUUUCCAAUCAGCAUUCUAAGAGACUGAGUACAUUUAUUAGUUUAAGUUUUGGAUUCAUAAUUGCAUUCGUCGUCAAAGUAAUAUAAUCAAGCCACGAGAAAAAUAAUUAUGGGUUUAUUCUGAAUCUAUCCAUGCUCAUUUACCUAAUUGUGCAGUUGAUUUUUGUUUGGAAAAACAAUUAAUAUCUGAGGUUGGGUAUCAUUUUAUUAAAUCAUUCUGUCACUAUCUUUUUUAUUGCUUUUGAGGAUAGAUCAGGAGUUGAUAACUAAAUGGCCAUGCUUUAAGGAGUUAAUUAAAUGGCAGCAACUUAUUUAUUGGUCUUGAAUGGAGAAUACGUUGAUGGCAUGAUAACGAUAAUAACACUUUAAAUAUUUAGAUUACUUUGGGGCGUGUUUAAAAGCGAUGGCAUGCAAUAUUCCGCACUUGUAACCUCCACUCUCUUGAUCCUCUACAUCAAUUACUUCAAUUAUUAAUACAACAAGGCGAAACGAUCCCAAUACUUAUUGACUUUGGCCGACACUAGAUGGGAAGACAUUCUCCAGAAGCUCUUACUGCAACAGUCAUACUUGAUUUUGCAAUUUUCAGAGGAGAAUCUACACUUCUCUGUCAAGUAACUCAGAAAUUGCGAAAAACUCUUCAAAACAGAACCAGAGGCCUAUUAAUUUUUGAAAUAGGCCACUCAUUAGAACAAGAUAAUGCAGAAUGUUAUUUAUGGGUUCAUUAGGUAAUUUUAAGAAAAUAAUUAACAAACUUUCAACAAUACGUUUUUGAUUAAUUUUCUUAAAAGAACUAUAAGGGCUGAAAUUUCAAUUUACUAAGGAGACAAACCUACCAUAUUAUUAUUGUUUAAAGAGUUUUUUUAUGAAAGGAGGAUUAACACAAAAAUGAUUUAGGUGCAAUAUGAAUCAACCAUCAAGUUGAUGGUAAAAAUUCUCAAUAGAAUAAAUCAAUACCAGUUUUGCAAAAAUAAAUAUCUAUCCAUAUAAAGAAAAUUAAUAUUUGUUCAUUUGAUACAAAACAUCAACAAGGAUAUUAAGUUGAAAAAAAUUCAACUGAACAAUUUCCUCAACAACGCAAUCAAAUUACAUAACAAUGUGAAAGUGAGUGUCCAAUAUUAAGGCAAUCCAUCAGUAGAAACUUGUGUUAAUAUCCUGCAAAUUAUCAUUUUACAAAUAUUUCAAAAUAUCUUAAGCUAAAACCUUAUCAUCAGGACAUCCUAAACCAAAAAUCAAAAAAUAAGAUGCCAAUUUUUAGGUUAUUUUAAUAUCCAAAAGAUUCUGAGAUUCAAAGACUAAUUGGAAACACCUUUCCAACUAUUGUUUGAGUCCUAUGACUUAAAUCAAGAAACACUUUAAUUCAUCUUUCCUCACUCAAUUGAUAUACCUUUCAAUCAUUGUUGA